UUCUCCACUCACUGCAUUACCUGGAUGUGGGGGUGUCGGAGCCCAGCCCGGGAAUCCCCCAGUACAUGUCCUUGGGGUACCUGGAUGGGAUCCCCUUCGCGCGCUAUGACAGCGAGCGGGGCCGGGUGGAGCCACUGACGCAGUGGAUAAAGGAUGGAGCUGAGCCGGAGUAUUGGGAGGGGCAGACCCAGAUCAAUGUGGAGAACCAGCACGUGGCUGCCAGGAACCUGGAGAUACUGCGGGAGCGGUACAACCAGAGCGGGGGUCUCCACACACGGCUGUGGGUUUAUGGCUGUGAGCUCCUGUCCGAUGGGAGCGUCCGUGGAUCCUACCGGGAUGGCUACGAUGGGCGGGAUUUCAUCUCCUUUGACCUGGAAUCCGGGAGAUUCGUGCCGGCCGACAGCGGUGCUGAGAUCACCAGGAGGCGCUGGGAACACGAAGGGGAGGCUGAGAGGAGGACGAAUUACCUGAAGCACAUCUGCCCCGAAUGGCUCCAGAAAUACGUCAGAUAUGGGCAGAAGGAGCUGGAGCGCAAAGAGCCCCCUGAUGUCCACGUGUCCGGAAGAGAGGAACACGGGACGCUGACCCUGUCCUGCCACGCGUACGGAUUCUACCCCAACACCAUCGCAGUCAGCUGGAUGAAGGGGGGUGAAACCUUGGAUCAGGAGACAGAGUGGGGCGGGGUCGUUCCCAACAGCGACGGCACCUUCCACACCUGGGCCAGGAUCGAGGCGCUGCCGGAGGAGCGGGAGCAGUACCGGUGCAGGGUGGAGCAUCCCGGAAUGCUGGAGCCCGGGAUCUUCGCUUGGGAGCGAACAUCUGGCGGGAAUCUCCCCGUGGUGGUCGCUGUGUCCGUCAUCGCUGCCAUCCUCAUCCUCAUUGUCCUCAUCGGAUUCGGCGUCUGGAAGCUCCAAUCCGGGAGGAGGGACAGGAAUGGAUACAACCCGGCAGCCGGAAAAGAUGUGGGAGCCAAUGGCUUGAGCACAGGAGUCGCUGCCUGAGCAAUCCAUGGAGCUGGAUCCGGCCCCUUCCCUCUUCCCUGGAAAGCUGAGAGCUGCCAGCAGAGCUCAUCCUGCUGCAACCACCCACCCCACAGCUCGUGAUAAACAGAUCCAUUUCCCAUUUUCAAGUGCUUUAAAGGCAAGAACCACAAAUAUUCACAAUGCUUUGCUUCUGGUGUGAAACUAUCCUGCUUUGGGCAAUAAAUCCUGCUUUGGACAAUAAAUCCAGAUUCCCUC